UGUGCUCUUUUCCGAGCUUUGCAUCUUCAAAAUGGCAGCUUGCGUGACCCAGAGGCUGGGACCUCAGCUGGCAAAAAUCGUUUCAGUGUCUCGGAGCUUCCACUGCAGCACUGUGGACCAAGUUGGUGGCAAGUGGAGAGUGAAGCAAGGUCUCCCUAUAAACCCUUCCGGUUUUGGACCUUUAACAGACCUGCCCGAUUGGUCGUUUGCAGACGGGCGGCCUGCUCCACCAAUGAAAGGUCAACUCCGUCGGCAGGAAAAGAACAAAGAAUUUGCAUGUCGUGUAGCCCAGAUUUCUGCCGAAAUGGAUCAUGGGAUCCAGAAGUGGGAGGCCAAGCAACGAGAACACGAACAACAGGCUGAGGAAAAACGGCGCAACCGACUCCAACCUAAAGGAGGCCUUCUUCAGCAGCCUCCCAAAUAAAUACUCUUCCCCCCCCCCCCCAA